UCCCGGAGCGGCGCGCUGCCGCGGAGGCGCUCCGGCGGAGACCUGCGCGCACCGCCCCUCCCCGGCCCUGUUCGAGGGCAUCGCUCCGCUCCUGCCCCGUUCGAAGGCGGCGAUCCGUAUAGCUCCGCUCCUGCCCCGGCGGGGGACAUCGCACUGCUCCUGCCCCGGCGGGGGGCACUGCGCCGUUUCUCACCAGCCCCGUUCGAAGGCUUUGCUUCUCACUUUCCCCAUUCGAAGGCUCCUCUCCCGCCCCGUUCGAAGGCAGCGCUCCGCUCCUCUCCCGCUCCGUUCGAAGGCAGCGCUCCGCUCCUCUCCCGCUCCGUUCGAAGGCAGCGCUCCUCUCCUCUCCUGCCCCGGUGGGGGGCAUCGCGCUGCGCCUCGCCUGCCCCGUUCGAAGGCAGAGAGCUUCGCUUCUCACCUGCCCCAGAGGGAGACACCGCUCCUCUCCUAAGGGGGGGGGCAGCGCACUGCUCUUCCCCUGCGCCCUUCGAAGGCAGCGCUUCGCUUCGCUCCUUCCCCGUUCGAAGGCAGCUCUCCGCUCCUCAUUCGCCCCGUUCGAAGGCUCUGCUCCUGCCCAGUUCGAAGGCACCGCACUGCUCCCCACCUGCUCCGGCGGGGAGGACCGCACCACCUCCCUCCCCGCCUGCCCCGGCUGGGAGCAUCGCACCGCAGCGCUCCCGCCCCGUUCGGUCCGUUCCCCCCCUGCCGCUCGCCCCGUGCCGGCAGCAGCCCCGCCCCGCUCUGGGCAGAGCGUUGGCUCUAGCGGCGGGCGUUAGUGACCCCGGCAGCAUGGCGCAUUUCACCGCCUGGGACUAUGUGGUCUUCUCAGCCAUGCUGCUGGUGUCGGCUGCCAUCGGUAUCUACCACGCCGUUGCAGGAGGAGGACAGAAGACAUCCAAAGAGUUCCUCAUGGGUGGCCGCCGCAUGAACGCCCUGCCCGUUGCGCUCUCCCUCACUGCCAGCUUCAUGUCAGCUGUCACCGUUCUGGGCACCCCUGCUGAGAUCUACCGCUUCGGAGCCAUCUUCUGCAUCUUCGCCAUCACCUACAGCUUAGUGGUAGUGUGUAGUUCCGAGAUCUUCCUGCCCGUCUUCUACAAGUUAGGCAUUACCAGCGCCUACGAGUAUUUAGAACUUCGAUUUAAUAAAUACCUGCGUCUGUGUGGAACGGCCCUCUUCAUCAUACAAACGAUUUUAUACACUGGUAUUGUCAUUUACGCUCCAGCUUUAGCAUUAAAUCAAGUGACUGGCUUCCACUUGUGGGGUGCAGUGGUGGCGACAGGCCUGGUCUGCACUUUCUACUGCACACUGGGUGGUCUGAAGGCUGUUGUUUGGACAGAUGUUCUCCAAAUUGCAGUCAUGGUUGCCGGAUUUUCAGCCGUGAUUAUACGAUCUGUUCUAAUUCAGGAGGGGAUUGGCCGAAUUCUAAGCGACUCCUACAAUGGAGGACGUUUAAACUUCUGGGAUUUUAAUCCCAAUCCUUUGCAAAGGCACACUUUCUGGACGAUUGUUGUAGGUGGGACCUUCACAUGGACUAGCAUAUACGGGGUCAGUCAGUCUCAAGUACAGAGAUACAUUGCGUGCAAAAGCAGGUUCCACGCAAAAUUGUCUCUCUACAUCAACCUGGUGGGCCUCUGGGCCAUACUGGCUUGCGCAACACUGUGUGGCUUGUGCCUCUACUCCAUCUACAAGGACUGUGACCCAUGGACAGCAAAGCAGGUGUCGGCACCUGACCAGCUAAUGCCGUACCUCGUGAUGGAUAUUCUCAGUGAUUUUCCAGGAGUGCCAGGGCUUUUUGUGGCUUGUGCUUACAGUGGGACAUUAAGUACAGUGUCCUCCAGCAUCAAUGCUCUGGCUGCUGUGACUGUCGAAGACCUCAUUAAGCCAUACUUCAGAUCUCUCUCUGAAAAGAAGUUGUCAUGGAUUUCCAUGGGGAUGAGCCUGUUUUAUGGCGGAGUCUGUAUCGCUAUGGCUGCACUGGCAUCUCUCCUGGGAGCCUUGCUGCAGGCAGCACUCAGCAUUUUUGGCAUCAUUGGUGGUCCCCUUUUAGGAGUGUUUACCUUGGGAAUUCUCUGCUCCUUUGCAAAUGAAAUCGGUGCAUUUGUGGGUCUUGCCAGUGGCUUUCUUAUUUCACUUUGGGUUGGAAUCGGAUCUCAGAUUUAUCCUCCACUUCCAGAGAGGACCAAACCACUCAUUCUCUCAACUGCAGGCUGUAAUAUAUCCUUAGGAAAUUUGACAUCAACUCAAAAUCCAUUAACAACAAUCAUCACACCAGCAGCAGUGAGGCCUGCCCUGGCAGACAAUUGGUACUCCUUGUCUUACCUCUACUUUAGCACACUUGGGACACUCAUCACAGUAACCGUGGGAAUAAUUAUCAGCCUCCUAACAGAUGCCAGGAGGGGCUGAGGGUUUAAGGGUUGUCCCUGAACAUGGCAACAACUCCAAGCAAGGAGGUACACCCAUGCUUCUAGAUGAAAAAAGCAGUUAUACUUUGAGUGAGUUCAGAGCACUCCAGCUUAUUGUCUGCACCUGUUUAGUGUAUGCUUUUCACCAUGUUUCCCAAGCAUGUACCUAGGAGCUGCAGACCCUAUGCAUGGCUAUGUUAGCUUCUUUCUCACUUUUCCCUGUACUAUUUGCGCAAGAGGCAAAAGCAGCAGCCCCGAGUUAAGAGCAGGGACUUCGGUUCCAAUCCACAGCCUCACUUCUCUUGCAUCUCAGUGAAAUGCAAAGUGCACCUCUCAUCCACCUCAAGCACAGCAGAAAUAGUGCAAAAGCAGCUGCUCUCAUGGCAUUCUCCAGUACACCCGACAGGUUCCUAUGACAGCCCUCAUCUUUGAGGCUUUUAGAUGUCAGUGAUUUUCAGAUCUCAGUUCUGGGCCCCUCACCCCAAGGAUGUUGAGGCUCUGGAGUGUGUCCAGAGAAGAGCAACGAAGCUGGUGAGGGGGCUGGAGAACAAGUCUUAUGAGGAGCGGCUGAGAGAGCUGGGGUUGUUUAGCCUGGAGAAGAGGAGGCUGAGGGGUGACCAUAUUGCUCUCUACAACUACAUGAAAGGAGGUUGUGGAGAGGAGGGAGCUGGCCUCUUCUCCCAAGUGACAGAGGACAGGACAAGGGGAAAUGUCCUGAAGUUCCACCAGGGGAGGUUCAGGCUGGAUAUCAGAAAAAAAUUCUUCACAGAAGGAGUCAUCGGGCACUGGAAUAGCACAGGGAGGUGGUCGAGUCACCUUCCCUGAAGGUGUUUAAGGAACGGGUUGAUGAAAUGCUUAGGGACAUGGUUUAAGGGAGUGUUAGGAAUGGUUGGACUCGAUGAUCCAGUGGGUCCUUUCCAACCUGGUGAUUCUAUGAUUCUAUGUCACACCUAUGAGUCUGACCUACUUUAGGACUAGGAAACUCCAAACUCAGCAGACAAAUUUGCUUCCAUUAGCUUCUCUGGGCCCUGCAACUACUAAGCACAAGUUAUGCUUGACCAUGUUCAUUUACUUGCGAGUUUUUAGAGGGUUUGGUCCUCCCUUUGUCCGUAUUGCUCUAGUGAUACUUGUAAACAAAUUUUGCCUCUUACUAGGUUGGAAUCAGGUCAUCCAUGGGCCAUAAGACAAAGCAUAAAAACUGGACAACUCAAUAAAACCAGAUGAGAAUUCCUCACCCUAAGAAACAAACACUCAAAAGACUUGAACCAACCACACUAUCCUUUUUGUGGCAUAAGAUCCCAUUUAAGCCUUAGAUGCAAAUUGGAGCUAAUUCUCAGCACCUGCAUCUCCUUUCUUUCCCACACACAUUCCCCCACAAGAAUAGUUAAUCUUCCGUGCCUUAAAAAUGCCGAAAGAUCCCAUUUACUCUUAUCCCUCCACCUUAGGCCUGCACUUAAAUAACUCACUAUAAGUAUUGAUGGUGGCUCUGAAGAGAGAAGUCUUGCUGACAAGAUGCUGAGGGUUGAGGCUCAGGCUUCAAGACAGCAUUUGGUACCGCAGCUCCUGGACCAGGUGGAUGGUCCUAGAGAUCACUGUAUGGAGUUUAUUCUUUUCUGAUGAAUGUCUCAGUGUUUUUUUACACAGUACAGAAAUUGAAGGUGGAUGUAGGAAGCUCUGGGAAAUGGCUAAGACAUUUCAAAUAGACCUUGAGGAACAUUUUAUAUUUUAAGAUGUUGCAGAGUAUAUAUUGUUGUAAAGAAAUGAUCCCUAAGGCCUGUAAUUGCUUGACUGCUUUUGCUGCCUAACUGUCCUGCUCACCUGGCCUGGUGCCCAUAGCUGGCCUCUGACAUAUCACUUGCACGUGGAAACCUGGCUAAUUUCAAUCUGCCCAAU